AUAUCGCGAGACGUAAUAUAACACGUGUGGGACAACAUGGCGGCUUCCUAAAACUUGCAUGCGGCAUUUUUGUACACUUCAAAAAUUUCUGUGUAUACGUGAAGUUUGAAAUAUAUUUAAAUAAAAUUACAGCUGGUGAGGAAUUAAAUUAUCUCUUACGGUGUAUCCCGGACUAAACCGAAACAUCCACGAUGCAACACGACGAUGUAAUAUGGGACCUGAUCGGAAAUAAACAGUUUUGUUCUUACAAAGUAAAAACGAAAACGAAGAAUUUCUGCCGGAAUGAGUACAACAGCACGGGUCUCUGCAACCGGCAGUCCUGUCCUCUGUCCAACAGUCAAUACGCCACAGUCAGAGAGGAAAAGGGUCGGUGUUUCCUCUACAUAAAGGUGAUCGAAAGAGCGGCGUUUCCGGCACGCAUGUGGGAGAAGGUGAAGCUGAAUCAGAACUAUGAGAGAGCCCUGCAGGAGAUCGACGAGAACCUCAUCUACUGGCCACGUUAUAUCCGGCACAAGUGCAAACAGCGUUUCACCAAAAUCACACAGUACCUCAUCCGCAUCCGCAAGCUCACGCUGAAGAGACAGAGGAAACUCGUUCCACUGAGCCGGAAAGUCGAGAGGAGGGAAAGAAGGAGAGAGGAAAAAGCCCUGGUCGCUGCUCAGGUGGAGAACGCCAUCGAGAAAGAGCUUCUGGAGAGGUUAAAACAGGGAACGUACGGAGACAUCUACAACUUCCCCAUCCACGCCUUCGAUAAAGCUCUGGAGAAACAGGACGCAGAGAGUGAGACGGAAGAGGAGGAGGAGGAGGAUGAAGAGGAUGAGGAGGAGGAGGAGGCAGGGAAGAGAGAAUUUGUGGCAGAUGAAGAGUUUGAAGAAAGCGACAUCAGUGAUUUUGAGGAUAUGAACAACUUAAAGGCCAGCGAUGAUGAAGACGAAGAGGAAGAAGACGGUUCAAGCGAGGAGGAGGAGGAAUCGGAAGAGGAAAUGGAGGCGGAGGAAGAGGAAGAGUCCAGAGUCAAGUCGAAAGGAAAGACUCCGCUGAAGGGACCAGCGAGGAAGAAACGAGCGUACGUGGAGAUCGAGUACGAGCAAGAGACGGAACCGGCGGCCAAGAGCAAGGCCUCAUAGAGACUCUAUACACACUCACACUCACACAAACACACUUCCAAACUGUGGGCAAUCGCUCAACACUUCUAAGCAAAGCAGAGUGACUUUGUGUUUCCGUGUGUGGAGACGAUUUAAAAACUUAUUCUUUGUGUACAAUUUUU